AUGUUGGCGACGUGCCGGCUGACCCUGGUGAGCAACGAUAGGACCUUGGCCGUGGUGACCUUCGCCGAUGGCCACCGCAUCUACACGACCGUCACCAACUCCGCCAUCAUCAUCGCCAACUGGAUCAAUGAAACCGUCCAAGACUGCACCAACGGCGGCCGCUACAUCGUCAGCCUGGAGGUCGCCUGCCAGCGGAACUGCAACAUCGUCCUUGUCCAGUUCAUCGUCCGCGACCACUGCCUCAUCUACCAGCUGCUGCACCACGGCAAAGCCCACCCCCCUCGCGAGUUCUACGAGUUUCUUAUCGACACCUACGUCGACGAAUUUGAGAUCGAGAAGUUUGAUCGCUUCAGCAGUUUCGCCCUACGACAAGUUGUCUUUCUGAUGCAACAGAAGUUGCAAAAGCCUAUUUUUGCACCCGAUGAACUAGAUCUUCUCGGUUUUAGUUCUACCCACGCCCGGUUCUGCUUCAUUGGGGCCGGCGUGGAGGUGGUCGCUUAUGGGCUGCAGAGGGAGCACGCCUUCUCGGUGAGGAAUACGGCGGACCUCGGCGACACAGCAGCAGUGAGGCAGGGCCGGGAGGAUCUAUGGCGGGCCGGGCUGGAACGCCUGGCGAGAGAGGUGAUGCAAGUGGAGAUGGAGGAGCCGGCUGAAGUGUGGAGGAGUAAUUUGGGGAGGCGAGACCUGAGCAACGAGACGAUCGCCUACGCCUGCGCCAAGGCCUACGUCGCCUCCAAGCUCAGGCGGGGGCUGUUAGAUUGUUAG